GAGGAGGAGGAGUAGGUGGAGGAGGAGGACGUCGUCUGGUCCCGGUAGGGAGGUGGAGCAGCGGCAGCAGCAGCCUCCGAGGCAGCCGCCGCCGCCGCCUCCGGAAAGGGAGAGGCAGGAGAGAUCGGGACUUGGAAACCCCAAAGUGUCGGCGACCCUGCACAGCAGGCUUCCUUCCAGCUUCAUGGGCAAAGUGUGGAAACAGCAGAUGUACCCUCAGUACGCCACCUACUAUUACCCCCAGUAUCUGCAAGCCAAGCAGUCUCUGGUCCCAGCGCACCCCAUGGCCCCUCCCAGUCCCAGCACCACCAGCAGUAAUAACAACAGUAGCAGCAGUAGCAACUCAGGAUGGGAUCAGCUGAGCAAGACAAACCUCUACAUCCGAGGCCUGCCCCCCAACACCACUGAUCAAGACCUGGUCAAGCUCUGUCAACCAUAUGGAAAAAUCGUCUCCACGAAGGCAAUUUUGGAUAAGACAACCAACAAGUGCAAAGGUUAUGGUUUUGUUGACUUCGACAGUCCUGCAGCAGCACAGAAAGCUGUCUCUGCCCUGAAGGCUAGUGGAGUUCAAGCUCAGAUGGCAAAGCAACAGGAACAAGAUCCUACCAACCUGUACAUUUCUAACCUGCCGCUGUCCAUGGACGAGCAAGAACUUGAAAAUAUGCUCAAGCCCUUCGGACAAGUUAUCUCUACAAGGGUCCUGCGUGAUUCCAGUGGUACCAGCCGUGGUGUUGGUUUUGCCAGGAUGGAAUCAACAGAAAAAUGCGAAGCCGUAAUUGGUCAUUUUAAUGGAAAAUUCAUUAAGACCCCGCCAGGAGUUUCUGCUCCUACAGAACCGUUACUGUGCAAGUUUGCGGAUGGAGGACAGAAGAAGAGGCAGAACCCAAACAAGUACAUCCCUAAUGGGCGGCCCUGGCACAGAGAAGGAGAGGUGAGACUUGCUGGAAUGACACUCACGUAUGACCCAACUACGGCUGCUCUCCAUAACGGAUUUUACACUUCACCAUACAGUAUUGCCACAAACCGAAUGAUCAGUCAAACUUCUCUUACACCUUAUAUUGCAUCUCCUGUGUCUGCCUACCAGGUGGCAAAGGAAACCAGAGAAAGCAAGUAUCGGGGCUCUGCUGUCAAGGUGCAAAGUCCUUCUUGGAUGCAACCUCAACCUUACAUCCUACAGCAUCCUGGUGCCGUGUUAACUCCCUCAAUGGAACACACCAUGUCACUACAGCCCGCUUCUAUGAUCAGCCCUCUGGCCCAGCAAAUGAGUCAUCUGUCACUAGGCAGCACCGGAACAUACAUGCCUGCGACGUCAGCCAUGCAAGGAGCCUAUUUGCCACAGUAUACACACAUGCAGACAGCGGCAGUUCCUGUUGAGGAAGCAAGUAGCCAGCAGCAGGUGGCUGUGGAGGCAUCCAAUGACCAUUCUCCAUAUACCUUUCAACACAAUAAGUAACUGUGAGAUAUACCGAAGGGAGUUCUUACAUGAAGAAGGGUGUGAAGGCUGAACAAUCAUGGAUUUUUCUGAUCAAUUGUGCUUUAGGAAAUUAUUGACAGUUUUGCACAGGUUCUUGAAAACGUUAUUUAUAAUGAAAUCAACUAAAACUAUUUUUGCUAUAAGUUCUAUAAGGUGCAUAAAACCCUUAAAUUCAUCUAGUAGCUGUUCCCCUGAACAGGUUUAUUUUAGUAAAAAACAAAAACAAAACAAAAAAAAAAAACAAAAAAAAUCAAAGAUUUUUAUCAAAUAUAAUGAUGCAAAAAAGAAAAAAAAGAAAGAGAAAACGAAAACUUCAAUUUUCUGGGUAUGCACAAAGACCACGAAGACUUAUCCAAGUGCAUGACCGGAUUUUUGUGGUUUUGUUCAUUUUGUGUUUAAUUUGUCUUUUUUUUUUCGGCUGUAUGAAAUGGGCUUUCUGAAGUUCCGAUUAUCUCACUGCGCCCAUGGUGUUCUGUGCUUGCGGUGCGUGUGUCGCUGUGACUCGGUGUUGCCCUCAAUGUCUCUCCUUAGCUUUCUAUUUUUUUUCUUUCGACGUAGUGUGACGUGUCUUAUCCUUUUCUAUGAAUUCCAAUUUGCCUUAACUCUUUUGAUGCUGUAGCUGUUUCAGUAAAGUUAGUUCAAACUAAUGGUGUAGAAUGCUUUGACCAAAUGGGCUGGUCUAGUACGCCUUGUAAAAAACUGCAGCAUAGGGCUUUUAAAAGGUAGUCAAUAAAAGUUGCUGAAAUUUUGGCUUUUUUAACUAUGUAGUAGGUGUUUUUAAUAAUUUUUUUUCACGUAACAAUGUGUAAGGUAGCAGAGUGCAAGAAGGGAGAACUGUCUCGUGUGAAGCACAUUUUCUGACGGGGGGACUUUUAAUAGGGUAAACCGUUUGUAAGGCUGCACACCGACAGUUUCCUGUGCUAGUUUUGACCAGUUUAGGAUAUCUGCUGUAUGAUGCAAUGUAAAGUCUUUUUUGCCUUUUUUUCAGGAAGAAAAAAAAAACUUAACGAUGUUCUAGAUUUAGCGUAGGUAGCUUUGGCGGUGGGGUGGGGUGGGGGAGGGGAGUCACCGAAUGUUUUGUCCUUUAUACUAACGAUAGUGCUUUAGAAUGAGAACCAUGCCUGUGAUCUGGCAAACAGAGGGGGGGAGGGAUAAUUUUGCUAUUGAAACUAAAUGGCAAAAACUAAAAAACAAAAAAAAAAAAACAAAAAAAACAAAAAACAAAAAAAAAAGAAUUUCUCUUCAAACCUGAGCUGAGAUAUGAACAGAAGAAAAACGAUUGGCUACUAGCUCUCUCUCUCUCGCUCGCUCUCUAUUAGGUAAAUCUGAAAAACUAAAAAAUGACUUGGCACUUUUAAAGGUAACUUCACCAAAGACCGAAGAGCCAGUAGCCAGUAACUCCACCUUGUCUCAGCAUCCCAUUUUCUCUGCUCUUUAUUUUUUGCCGGACCAGUUUGCGGUUAGGAGAACGUGCCUUUUUUGUACCUUUGCAUUAGGUUUUAUAAUUUUAACCGAUGUAUGGACUCACAGAGACAAAUUAAAAAAAAAAAUUUAAAAAAAGCAUGAAGGAAGAUUUGAACCCAAGCCGUGCCACACUUUCCGUCGUCACUACAGGUGUUUAAGUGUAAAGAAAACCAACUUUGAAACUAUGAAAUUCCUGAUUCAUAAACAGUUAUUUCUACUUUAGUACAUAUGAGAUAAGUCAUUGUUAUUAAUGCUCUUUUAUUAUGGCAAUUGCAUACGUUUUAAAAGCAAUGGUAAAUUAAGUUGUCUUCCAAAACUGUGUACUUGUCUGGUCAGCUGUGUAUGAUCAGUUAUCUACCUCAGAGGCUAUUUCUUUUUGUGCUGGGACAGGUUGCUGGCCCUCCCUGUUUCCACCGACCAAAUCCUCCUAGCUCGGGAGCUAGGGCUAAGCAGUUGCUUCUCUUGAGUAUUUUUUAGUUCUUAAAUUUUAUUGCUCGUAUUUGAUGAUAGAUGUCAGUGACAUUUCAUAGUUUCAAACGUCCUUGCUGCUCUGAGAAGUGUAGAUUCUAGUGAAAAUUACAUAGUCAUAAGAGAAAUGUGUUUUUGUUCUUGUUUCCUUUUUUUUGGUUUUUCGGUUUUUUUGUUUUGUUUUGUUUUGUUUUUUGAAGAAGUUGUGGUAUUAUUGGUUCUAUGCUCCCUAAAACAUUGUGCUUUGUGGAAGUCCAGACUGAAUGCAGCACCCUCCGCGUCUCCGUGUACCUACUAUGUUUAUCAGCCCGGGACUCUUACUACUUGAUAUGUUUUCCAUUACUUAAGACAGAAAGAGGAUAGUCAGUCAGUACGGGAGGGGAAAUCUGCUGCUAGGUUUGUCUGAACUAAGUGCCAUACUCGUCUGGGUCAGAUUUGGGAAACAACCUCUGUACAUACUAAAAAUGAAAAGAAAAAGUCAGUUAAACAUCACAUAGUAGACAGCCAUUAAAUUAUAAAAAAAAAAGUUAAUUUAUGAAGAAAGACCUUUUGUACAGAUUGAAAAAAAAGAUUUUCAUAGAGAUAUCUAUAUGAUCAAGAGAGUUAAUUUUUUAUUUUUGUUCUACUAGUGCUACAUACUUGCCAGCGGUGACUUGUUUACCGCUUCAAGAUGACUCUGUAGUUUUCUUUCCUGGGACUUGUUAAAACGCCAAAAGACAUUUUUGAACUGUACAUUUGAUCAGAUUGUUAGCUUUUUCUGUUUCAUUUCUUUUGAGAACCUUUGAAUAAAAACAUCUGAAACUCUA